AUGACGGCGUGCGCGGGCGCGGCGCGAGCGAACGAUGGGACGACGACGCUGAUCGCGGUGGGAGGGGCGGCGAUCGCGUCGACGUCGGCGACGAGCGACGACGCGGGGAAGCGCGAGACGGCGCUCGGCGGUGGACUCGCGAUGUUACGAAAGUUUUCGUCGACGGCGCUGAGCGUGGCGAAGACAUUCGUGGACCGAGACGCCGACGUGAGCGAGGACGCGGUGGGGGAGUACGAGGGCGUGGAUAUGGAUGAGGUGAGCGCGCUGAAACGAGAGAAGCCGACGUGGAACUGCGCGUUCGUGGACGCGCCGCGACGGUACACGAGAUUUGAGAUUUGCGCCGAGCGCGACUGCUUCGCCGUCGGCGACGAGACGCGCAGGGUAUUGCUCUUUCGCAUCCUGAGUCACGGCAAGCUGAGACUGAAAGCGAUCAUCAAGGGGUGUCGCGACGCCACGUUCGCGUUCGACGCCGACACGGGCGCGCUGUACGUUCACAGGCCGAGCGUGCGCUUGUUAGAGAUUCGUUCCGAGCGCGGCGACGCCGUCGAGACGCGAGACGCCAGCGGCGUCGCGCGCGUCGUCCCGGGCUCGCCCAAACCUGCGCGUCGCGGAGCGCCGCCGUCUGCCGCCAUGUCGUACGUGCUCGACAUGCGCGAGCUCGUGCACAAGCUCCCGUUCCAUCACUUCACCGCGUACGGCUUGCGCACGUCCUGCGUCCUCAUCGCGGUCACCUACGCCUCGCCCGGGGUCGUCGCGGCGGGAAUAUGUUUGAUGUACUAUCGCACGUACACGGCGCAAAACCGGACGAUAUUCGAGAACACAAACAUAAAAGAGGCGAAGACGCGCGCGAUCAUCACGAUCGGGGUGAUCCUGGCGUUCAUACCGGCGGCGCUGAUUGGAUUGAUUGAAGGAUUUCGAGGCGGGCUGCAGACGCUGAAGACGAUCGAGGCGUGGGCGGAGAAUGGACAGAGCGGAAUGCGGGCGAUCGGGGCGCCGAUCAUGGCGAUGGAUGAUUCGUUGACGAUGCUGCGCCGGGAAGCGGUGACGGCGAACGAUGUCGGGGCGACGGCGACGAUCGCGACGGCGCUGACGGCGGUGACGGAGGCGAUGCUGCAUCACAGCGGUUCGAUCGAGUUUAUUCAGGAUUUAGAGUCGCUGAAGUGGGUGAAGACGUUCGUGGUGAUUUACGUGACGUCGAUGACGUUGUUGAUGCUGCUGCUGAUCUCGUUGCUCACGACGUCGGUGGUGCCCAUCAUCGCCCAUCACGGCAAGACGCCCGUGUCGCAGUGGUGGAAGCGAGCGCCGGGACGAGUCACGCCAGAGUAUUUCGUUCGCGCGCUUCCGUUGUUCACGCUCAUCUAUUGCUUCUUGAUGACUUCGGUGUAUUGGCCCGUGAGCGUGAUCGGCGCCGAGGUGUGCUACUCCUACGAAGCCAUGGUGGAGUUCGUGGUGCCGGAAAACGUGCAGCUGUACUUCGUGUGUCCGCGCUUUGGGUACGAGCUCGGAGAGUAUUUGCAAGAUUUGCACGCAGAUAACGUCAAGCUGAAGGAGACGAUCGGCAACGUCCAAGAUCUGGGAGGCGCGUACGCGUCGUCGCAGUACAUGACGGCGUUGAACGCGGCGAUGACAUCCUUUGGAGCAGACUUUGGCAUCAUCGACGAAGGCUUGGGGAGCUGCCAGCCGAUGAGCGACACGAUAGAGCUCGCCACGGCGCAGGUGUGCGACGAGGUGAUGUUGGGGAUGCAGAUGGUCACCGCGGUGUCGUUCGGUCUCACGUGCUUGCUCAUGUACGGCACUCUACACCGUUGGUUCGGCUCCGACGUCGCCAAAGAGCUCGUGCAAGACGAAGAGCAAAGCUUGUUUUCCAAGCUCACGUCCGAGUCGUUCAUCGAGGCUCGAUCAAGAUUCGGUGCACAAAAGAAGACGCCCGCGGAGCAGGGUAAGGAAAAGGAGAAGAAAAAGAAGGAUAAGGGUGCGAAGAAAAAGAGGAAGGAAGCCAAGGAAGGUAAGGUUGCCGAAGAUGGAUCGACGCAUGUGUCGUCGUCGUCGUCGGAGGAGGAGGGCGCAGGCGCGACGGCGUCGCCGAGCGUCGAAGAGACGGCGCAGCAGGAGAGCGCUGCGCCGGCGACCUCCCCGCCCGACGAUGCGGCGCCGCGAGAGAUCGAAAUGCAGGACGUCAUGAAUGAUGACGAACCCUCGACCGCGGCGGACGACGACGGCGCAGAAGAAUACGACUCGGGUGAGGAGGAAUUUAUCGAAGACGACGGCCGCGUCGAAGUCCCGUCUGAUCUCGAAGACUACAUCGACGACGUCGACGAAACAACCGUGGUCGAAACACCCGCGGACGAGGAGCCACCGGUGUCCGCGGUCGUCGAGCCCGAGAACGAAGGAUCCGACGUCGCCGAGGCUCCGCCGCCGACCGUCGCGACGCCGUCGAGCUCGAGCAGAGUGCGAAUCGUAGACCCGCGAACGAAGCAAGAAGUGACGUUCGAGCCGGCACUACCCAAGCCAAAGAGCGACGACACGUAA